CACUAAUCCACUGAAGUAAAGUGGAGACUGUUUAGGAAGGGAAGCUGCUUCGUAACCUCUCUAUGCCAUCAUGAGCAUGCCAGACUACCUGCAGUGUGCUGAGGACCACCAGACGGUGCUGGUUCUGGUGCAGCCGCUGGGCGCCAUCCCCGAGGACGACUUCUUCCGCGUCUACAAGCGCGUGGCCAGCGUGUGCCAGGUCAGCGUGGGCGAAUCGCAGCGCUCGCUCUCCGUGCGCUACCGGCACCACUACCCCCCCGAGAACGGAGAGUGGGGCGAGUUCCAGGCGCACCGCAAGGUCGUGGGGCUGGUGGCCGUGGCCUGGUGCCCGGCGGCGGGCAGCGAGUGGGCGCUUGCGGACGAGCGUUUCCGCGCCAUGAAGGAGCGGCUGGGGCCGGCGCUGUACGACUCGCGGCUGCUGGCCUUCGGGCUGAGCGGACCCGCCACGGCCGAGCUCCAGAGGCCCGACGUGGCCGUGUUUCCCGGCUACGAGAGCUGUCCGGAUCUGGAGAAGACGGUGGAGGACUUCAUUCAGUCCAUCUUCAUCGUGCUGGAGUCCAAGAGGCUGGACCGGGCCACGGAUAAAUCCGGGGAUAAGAUCCAGCUCAUGUGUGUGCCGUUUGAGAAAAAGGAUUUCGUCGGGUUGGACACUGACGGCAGGCACUAUAAGAAGCGCUGCCAGGGCCGCAUGAGGAAGCACGUGGGGGACCUGUGUUUGCAGGCAGGCAUGAUACAGGACGCCCUGGUCCACUACCACAUGGCCGUCGAGCUGCUCCGCGCCGUCAACGACUUCCUCUGGCUGGGGGCUGCACUAGAGGGUCUCUGCUCUGCCUCAGUGAUAAUCCAUUACCCAGGAGGCACUGCGGGAAAGGGCGGUGCACGCAAACCCGUCAUCUCCACAGCGACAGACGCUGCUGGGAAGAGGCAUCGACCAGGAGCUCAGGAGGUUCUCAUUGACCCAGGAGCUCUGACCUCAGCCAGUGGGAUCAGUGCAGACACCAGCAGUGAGAUCGGCCGAGCCAAAAACUGCCUGAGUCCAGAGGACAUCAAUGAGAAGUACAAAGAGGCCAUUUCUUACUACGGCAAGUAUAAGAAUGCAGGAGUAAUUGAACUGGAGGCUUGUGUAAAGGCAGUGAGAGUUUUGGCCAUCCAGAAACGAGCCAUGGAGGCUUCAGAGUUCCUGCAAAAUGCUGUCUACAUUAACCUGGGCCAGCUCUCUGAGGAGGAGAAGAUCCAGCGCUACAGCAUUCUGUCCGAGCUGUACGAACUCAUCGGUUUUCAUCGUAAAUCUGCCUUCUUCAAGCGGGUAGCGGCCAUGCAGUGUGUGGCUCCCACCAUCCCCGAGCCGGGCUGGAAGGCUUGUUACAGGUUACUGCUGGAGACUCUGCCCGGCUACAGCCUCUCACUCGACCCCAAAGACUUCAGCAAAGGCACUCAUCGCGGCUGGGCUGCGGUACAGAUGCGUUUGCUGCACGAGUUGGUGUACGCGUCUCGGCGCAUGGGGAACCCCGGCCUCAGCGUACGCCACCUCUCCUUCCUGUUACAGACCAUGCUGGACUUCCUGUCUGACCAAGAAAAGAAGGAGGUGACACAGAGCCUGGAGAACUACACCUCCAAAUGCCCGGGCGGCAUGAACGUCAUCGAGCUUCCAGAUGGACUCAAGCUGCCCCCGGUGCCCCUGACCAAGCUGCCUCUCGUGAAGUCGGUGUCUCUGCUGAACCUGCCGGCGAGUCUUCGUCCACAUAAAGUGAAAGGUCUGCUGGGGCCCAACGUGGCAUCUGCCAGUCCCUUCAUCUACUCACCCAUCAGCAUACACAACCGAGGAGACGAGCGCUCCAAGAAGAUCGAUUUCCAGUGGGUGCAGGGCGAUGUGUGUGAGGUGCAGCUGAUGGUGUAUAACCCCAUGCCCUUCGAACUCAGGGUUGAGAACAUGGGUCUGUUGACAUCCGGCGUGGAUUUCGAGUCUCUACCCGCUGCCCUGUCUCUACCGGCCGAGUCAGGUCUGUAUCCCGUCACUCUGGUAGGAGUACCACGCACAGCUGGCACCAUCACAGUCAAAGGUUACCAGACGUCAGUGUUUGGUGUGAACAGUGACUGUAUGUUGGACAGUUUGGUUGGAGUGAACUCCAGUGGCUGUGUGGUGGAGGUGGUACCAUCACUGCCACGCCUCCAGCUCACCACCUCCCUACCACGCUGUGUACGUGUAUCAGGAGAGGAUCUAUCCAGCAGUGUGUCUCUGCAGCUGUUUAAUGGAGAGGCUCAGCAGAUCACAGUCACACUGGAGAACAUCGGCUCAGAGAUCCUGACCUCACUGGAACUGUCCUCCAGGACCCUCACUACUAAAGAGAAGUUAUUCGGAGAGUUCGUGAGCUGGGACAUGGACGAGGCUCAGUCUCGUCUUCCUCUCAAACCAGGCCAGGCUCUCACCGUCACCGUCAACAUCCGGGCCAAACUGGACUUCUCGGGUCAGGAGAACCUGCUCCAGGAUCUCAACGACGAUGGGAUCAGCGUGACCGGACUGCCCAUCUCCAGCCCUCUCCGGCAGGUUCUGAAACCACGCCCUGAAAAUAAGCAAGUCAACGCCGAGGGCGGCAAGAGUGAAAACAAUCAUGUGAAGACUCUGGAGGGGGUGUUGUGUUUCCGCUACAGUGGGGGUCCAGGCCAGGUGGACGGUUACUACAGAGAGCUCAGUCUGGGGAUCAGAGUGGACGUCGAGCCCUCCGUCUUCUUCACCCGGGUCAGCACUCUUCCAGCGACCAGUACACGUCAGUGUCACCUACUGCUGGACGUGUUCAACCCCACCGACCAUGAACUCACUCUCAGCACCAAGAACCAGGAGCUGGUGCUGCACUCCAGCGAGUGUCAGAGGAUGGCCAUUCAGGUGGAUAAGUUUGACUUUGAGAGCUUGCCGGCGGUGUCCCACGAUGCCAUGCGUCAGAGCGGCGUGUAUCAGAGGGAGGAGGAGGAGAAGCAGCAGGUUCAGGGAGGAUACAUCAAUAACACACUGCAACUGCGCUGGAACAUCCCGUCUCUGAAGCGUCAGGGGGAGGCCAGUGUGGAGGGCGUCCUCACUCAGCUCGUCCUGGAGCACCUGCAGCUCGCACCGCUACAGUGGGAUGUAGCGGUGAACGGGAGAGCGUGCGACUGUGACGUGGUGGCCGAGUGUAAAGUGGGCGACGCCGUGCCGCUGGAGGUGAAGCUGACCAAUCGCAGUAAGAGUGCGGUGGGACCGUUCUCUCUGACCGUGGUCCCGUUCCAGGACUAUCAGAACGGCGUUCAGAACUAUGAGCAGCAGGAGACUGUGACUUUCAUCGGCUCCAACUCCUUCUACAUAGACUCGGUGAGGCCCUCAGAGAACUCCACCUGUGCUGGAGCUUUGCUCUUCCUGUACACCGGAGAUUUCUACCUGAACAUCAAGUUUCAGGAUGACAGCGUGGGUCGAGACCUUCCUCCCGCCUGGUUCUGCCUGCCCAGCGUUCACAUCCGAGCUCAGGAGCCCAUCGAGGCCGCAGCCUGAGCCCGGCAGAGUCGAGUGUGGGACUCUGAGGGGGAAGAUGUUUAAUGGAACUGUGGGUUUUUCUUUACGAUUUACUGUAAAAUACAUCGGUGUCCUCUAUAAACCACUCCACUUAUUUUAGUUGGGUAUAGUAGCUAGGGAUUUGACUGCAUGCUUCAUGAAGGCAUGUCAUCUUAGCCCUGUCCACAUAUUUUUGUUUAUUAUUUGGCAGGAACCAUAAUAAGGUAGGCUGAUGUUUUUUUGUUUUUUUUUUAGCAUUCAAAAUACACUAUAUGGACAAAAGUAUUGCGACGCCCCAGUAACAGCUGUAAUAAAUCAGUUAUAAAAAGGAAUCUCUAUGCUUCCAAUUUUGCAGCAACAGUUUAGGGAAUGCCCUUUCCUGUUACAUUUCUAUAAAGACUUGAAGAGAAGCUCCUGAGCCCUGAGCUCAGCUCCACUCAACAGCUCUGGGAUGAACUAGAACAUCAACAUCAGUGCCCAGUCAUAAAAAUGCUGUCAUUUUUUUCCUGAAUGGGCACAAAUUCCCAUAGACAUACUUCAAAGUCUUGUGAGAAGCCUUCUCAGAGGAGCGGCUGUUGUUCUAGCUAUAAAGAUCACUUUACAACAGAGGUCACUCCGUUUUAAUACCAUGUGUGUUUUUUGAAUAGGACGUCCAACAAGCUCAUGCUCAGGUGUCCGAAUACUUUUGGCCAUGAAGUGUAUCAUCAGGAUUAAAAUAAUAUGUUACUAAUUUAAUUAAAACACAGAAUGUUACAAUAUAUGAAAUAAAAUAAUAGCAGGUUGUUCAUCUCUAGCUCUGAAACUGGACUUGUGAUUCUAAGGUUCAGGGGUCAGGUCUCACCACCACUACGCUGCCCCGUCUGACCCUUGAGCGAGGUUCUUAACCUUCAGUUGCUUGGACUGUUGCUUGUUCUGUUUCAGUUCUUUGUCCAGAAUACAGCGCGCACCAAUAUUUAUGUAUACUUGCUUCUCUGUGCCAAAAUAAGUUUGUUGCUGAUUGAUGAAUAAAACAUGUAAAAGUG